AUGAUCAAGGAAUUAAUUACAAAAGCGCCUGUCCUUGCCCACUUUGAUCCGUCGCUUCCACUCGAGAUUCAGUGUGAUAGUAGCAAAUGCGACAUUGGAGCUGUGCUUACGCAAAGCGAUAAGCCUGUCGAGUUUCGCAGUCGCACGCUCACAGAGGCCGAGCGUCUUUACGCACAAAUUGAAAAGGAAAUGCUGGCGCUGGUUUACGCCGUAGAACACUUCAACGAUUAUACGUUCGGCCGCGAAACAACUGUCUUCACUGACCACAAGCCACUUGUAUCCAUCGCUAGUAAGCCGCUCAAUAUCGCUCCACGACGCCUGCAAAUGAUGCUCAUUCGUCUGCAGAAAUAUGAUUUGGAUAUA